AUGUCUCGUCGGGACCAGCACCCGCAAUUCCAGUAUGGAGCGCCGCCUCACCAGAGCCCGGCCCCCCAACACCACCAGCCCACUCCGGUGCAGCCUCCGAUGAGCGUGCCUCAGCCGCCGCCCCAGCCGUCUCAGGCCCAAGCCCAGCCUCAUCACCAGCAACAUCACCAGCAGCAACAGCAGCACGUCCAGCAGCAGCAUGCCCAACAGCACGCCCAGCAGCCGCAACAUGCACCGCAGCCCCCGGCACAGCCCCAGAGAAACCGCAAGCGUCCGGCCCCGGCUCCGGCUCAACAGGCCCCGCCAGUCGUCACAAGCGCCCCUUCUAUGCCGGCUGCCCCCGCCGCGCCUAGUGCAACCCCCAUCCCGCCACCCGUUGCCCCUCCCGCCGCGGCCCCUCCCGCUCAGGCCCAGCCUGCGGCGACGGAAGACGCUGCUGCUGCUCCUCAACCUCCUCCGGCCAAAAAGAGCCGGACGAAUACUCCCUGGACCCCGGCAGAGGAGCUUCGCCUGAAGCAGAUGAGAGAUGCCGGCAGUAGCUGGGCUGAGAUUGCCAAGACUUUCCCCACUCGUACUGAGGGUAGUGUCAAGAAGCAUUGGUAUAAGGAUAUGCACUACGCCGAGUUCGCGGAAGACGAGAGCCAAGCCCUCCUCAACGCCAUCAAGGAGUACGAAAACAACAAGUGGAAGGUCAUCGGGCAAAAGGUCGGCAAGCCUGCCAAGGCUUGCGAACAGUACGCCAAGGAGCACUUUCCCGACCUCUACGCCAAGCCGACCAACCGGUAG